GAAGUAAACACUCAACAUGGAUGAUUUCUUAUAAAACUCGUUCGAUUUUUAUUUAAAAAUGGAUUAUAAACUCAUGUGAAGUAGAGAAAAUAUAUCUAUAUUUUCUCAAAAUGUCGUCCGAAAGGGUGGAAUGGGUGGAGAUAAUAGAACCUAAGACAAAGGAACAUAUGUAUGCUAACCUAACAACUGGCGAAUGUGUUUGGGAUCCUCCUGAGGGUGUAAAAGUAAAGCGCACAGAUUCAUCCCAAUGGUGGGAGUUGUUUGAUAUCAACACACAUAGGUUUUAUUACUACAAUGCAUCUACUCAGACAACUGUGUGGCACAGGCCUACAGAUUGUGAUAUCAUCCCAUUGGCCAAAUUACAGACUUUAAAACAAAACACAGAUCCACAAAAGAGGCGAGAAACAUCCACACAAACUAAUCAAGCAGCACCGCAGGUGCCACUACUCGAACCGAUUAGUAGUAACGGUAAUACCACCACAGCAAGUGUCAGUAAACUUUCACCAAACAACACUAAGAAUGUUACCAUCACACAAACUAGUCCUGUGCGUUCAAGGAGGGGUCAUUAUCAUCACAGUGGUGGUGAUUGUAGGAAUAGCGGCGAGGGAAGGCGUGGGCGGCUGAGCGAGGACGGUACGAUGGCGUUAUGCCGUCACACUGACUCAGGCCGCUCAUCUGAUAGCAGCAUUAGCAGCGCACAACAGCGACGUAAGCAGGAGCUGAACGCAUCGACUUGCGGUGCGGCCGCGUGCACACCUCAGCUGCGGAAACGCAGUUCCGCACAGCCCGCGCCCGUUAUUGAAACUGAAAAGUGGUCUCCACAUUCCGGUCUAAAUCGCAGUGGUAGUUUCAUAUCACCUAGAAAGGACGCCUCGGAUGAUUCGAUGCACGAAAAGUAUUUCAAGUCCGUCGAAAGUACGCCUUUAACGAGACGUAAGUUAAAACAACAGUCGGCCGGAGGUUCUUCUUGCGAUUCGGCAUCGCCACAAAGCCCGAGCAGUCCAUUACAAAAGCCGCUACCAACUCCUUUUUUACAGGCGAAUGCAGUAAGACCUUCCCUGGUGUCAUCGAUAUCUUUGGCGGCGGAAGGAGCACGUGCGUUGCAUUCACUGGAGCGACCGCAUCACCUUUCACGGAACGCACGAGAGAGAUUCUCAGACAGGCAUCUAGAUAAGGAGCGGCUAGCGGAGUUGGAACGAAUGGAGCGGUAUCCGGAAAAGCAGGCAGUCUACAGCGUAGAUAAGCCUUUCCGACAAACGAGUCUGGAUCUGCGACAUAAUGCUUCCAGUUGGCAUCCACCUAGGGAAUUCACUAGACGUCAACAGGCUGAGCCGGAACGGUACACUUCAAGCAAGACGUCGGUGUCGUCUGGCAGCAGCAGUAAACACCGUACGCCUCCGCACGACCCUCAGCACAACUUCAUGAGGCUCUCUUCCGCAAACGAUCAAGACAACGUUGCCGCUGUGAACUACAAGUUAAAAUGCGUUAACUUGGAACCAGCUCUAACCGAGCCCAAUGUACAGAAGCACAAUCAACGCCUUGAAAGGACUACAGCUCCACGAGAUCGUACGAAAUCGAGAAGGCACAAAAGGCCUGUGGAAGACGAACAGCUGCAGGACGGCGAAGAGGAAGAGGAGGAUGGGGGUGGUUCGCCGCUGUACUGCAACUGGGAUCUGCGUGGAAUGCAGCAUUUACUACCGCUGCAAGACUAUAUUAUACAGCAGGCUAAGUUGUCCAGUCGGGGGCGAUACGGUGCCGGAUCUGAAUCAGACGGUGAAUCAGCCACGUCCCGGUCGCGUUCCGGUUCUGAGUCCCGUUCGUUGUCAGGUCACGAACCGGACAAUGAAUCGUCGGACGGUGGUGCCCGGACACCAGACGACGACGACGGCUCCGGCGUGUAUUUACCGCAUACGUACGCGCAGAGGCCGUCCGACGUGGAAUAUAUGAACCAUGGAGUUUCGUAUUAUAAUACGUUUGUCGGAUUUGAGCGCGAUCGCCAACCAUCGCCUGGUAUACAUAGGACGUCAUCUCUAGGCGGAGGCACGGCAGCAACGGGUGAGGCAAGCGGCGCGAGGCCGGAGGGUGCCCUGUACAGUCCCGUACGCUCGCACCCGCCACAUUUGCACCCGCAUACCCCGCACCCGCCGCCCGAACAGGACAUCGAGAUAUUCGCUAAAGACAACCUGAACUUCAAUAAAGGCAUUUUUAGGAGAAAGGCAUCGGUUAGAGAUAUGCUUUCGUGGACCUCGUCAUCUAUAAGUGCACCAAUGGUUGGCGCAGACUGGGACAAGUCACACAAGAAGGCGACCAUAGAUCUGUUCCGUCUGGUACAGAUCUACAUGGGCGACCGCAAAGCGCGGCCGGGAAUGACUCUCAAUUCCGUCGCCCAAGAUAUUUUGCACGCUACUUUUACUAAUGAGAAAUUACGAGAUGAGCUGUAUGUUCAGUUAUGUAGACAAACAACGGAAAAUCCUUUGAGAGAUUCUCUUCUUCGAGGGUGGGAGUUACUAGCAGUGUGCCUUGCCUUUGUUCCUCCGUCGCCUGCAUUCCAGCCGGCUUUGACGAAUUACGUCAAUCGUCACCGGGACCCUGCCUUUGCGGAUUGCUUCCCCGAGGUUGGAAAAUGGCCAAUUCAUGUUCAAGUAUCGCAUUAUGCGAGCGUAGCAUGUAAACGACUGGAAAGAAUAGGAUUCGGUGGGAAAAGGCCACCCCGUAAACCUAGUACUGAAGAUAUUGAUCAAGCUCGAAUCCAAAUAUUCCGUCAAUCGAUGUUCGGUAACACGCUGUCUGAAGUGAUGGCACUACAGCGCGAACGUUUUCCGGCACGGCAACUGCCCUGGGUGCAGACCGCACUUUCCCAGCAAGUUUUGGCGCUAAACGGCCGCGAGACUGAGGGCAUCUUCCGCGUUUCCGCUGACGUGGAUGAGGUCAACGCGCUCAAGGCCAAGAUCGACAAUUGGGAACUACCCGACGCUUCUAUGUUAACAGAUGCUCAUGCGCCAGCAAGCCUCCUCAAAUUGUGGUACCGAGAGUUAUACGAGCCGUUAAUACCAGAUGCCCUUUACGGCGCAUGCGUCGCGGCCGGAUGCGACUUUGCGGCGUGCACGCGGGCACUGCAGCGGUUACCGUCGCUUAACCGAUUAGUACUUACGUAUUUAAUAAGUUUUCUACAACAAUUCAGCGCACCCGAAGUGGUAAGUCAAACCAAAAUGGAUUCAGCAAACCUAGCGAUGGUUUUCGCCCCGAAUUGCCUACGUUGCACCUCGCAGGACCCUCGGGUCAUCCUAGAAAAUGCGCGAAAAGAAAUGACCUUCAUGAAAACCCUCAUCACAAACCUCGAUACAUCUCAUGUCCACGAUCUGCUGUGACCAUUGAAUCUCAAUUAUUGUAACAACAAUUUCUAGCGAAUGUUUAUUAGACUACUUUACGAAUUCUCUUCAUUAUAGCAAUAAAAUGCAAGCCUUUAGUGCAAAUAGAUUUUGAGGCGAAAACCCUUUUUCUUAAUAUAAUUAUUAUUAAUUUGUAUGUAUAUUGUAGGCAAAAGUUUUAAGCGCCGGUGAUCUUGUUUGUUCAGGUGAUACUAGGAGUACAUACAAUUUUUAUUUUAGGGUCGAUAUUCGAUUUUAUUGAAUAAGAUUUUGACUAUUCCUAAUUAAUAUUCAAUCUUAUCCAAAAUCUUAAGAUGCCAGAUUGGAAUUAGAAGUUCCAACUCUUCUUUGUAGAUGUUUAUUUAAUUCAUCUGCCAACUGAAGAUUUCGGAUUAAAUCUAUUAACAUCGGUCGUUAACCGGAUCGACAGUGACUGAGUUACCUGAAAUAUGUUUAGUCGGGACCGCAGAAUUGAAACUCGGCGACGUCAUAUUUGCCUUGUUUGUCCUAAUUUGAGUAAGUAAGACGAACAGAGAAAACAUUUAAAAACUUUUUGUGUUUCGAUAUUUGACCUAUGCUUGCCUAGAUAAACUACGGAGCAUCGGUUUCCUCGAGUUUUGCCUACAAGAUGGUAUACUUGCGCGUGAACUAUUCGAAAACUUAAUUAACGCGUGACCUACUUCCAAUGUCUGAUAAACUGGCAUUUUAUGUAAAUUACAACAAAUAAUUGAACUAUAUUUAACAUUCUUGUAUAUUUUUUGUAUUUUUGUACGCUAUAUAAAUAAUUUUAUUUGGUUGUAUCCAAAGAUAUUUAAUGAGAUGUGAUUUUAAAUAUAUUUAGACUUGAGCUUUACAAAAGUGUAUGUGCAAUGUGUUCCGUGCUAAGUUGUUAUGGAGAUACGAUUGCGUGUUUGUUACUAUUAGUUAAUAUAAUUUAUGUGUAUUAAGUUAAGGUUAUUCUUUUAUUUUUUAUCUUUUAAGCACACUAUUUAGUUCGUAAGUGCGUUUAAUGUACGCACUUAAUCAAAUUAUGAGGAGACGAAUGAAUAAAUAUCAAAAUUGUAGGUCUAUCAAGAAACACAUUACAAAACUAGUAUGCUUGAUGGAUUAUUGCAUUAUUGCAUUAGUGUCUAGUUUUAUCCCAGUGUCCUUUUUGGGUCAAAGUCUUUUGGCUUUUAAAAUUAAAAUCCGCAAGUAUUUAAAGAAGCAUUUCUAUGUUAACUGUAUUUUCUAAGCUACUGGCAUCUAAAAUAGACUGAUGAUUAAUGCUGGCAGCUAUGCAAAUUGGCAACAAUAUUAGAUUAUUAUACCGUUUUGGGGUAAUUACGGACCUGUACUGUUAAAACGCAUACCACAAUUAAUCUAAAUAGAUCAGUGUCGAAUAUUAUUUUUUUAACGUACCUAUGAUUUGUAAUUUCCAUAUUUUUUUGAUUUUGUUUUGGUAAGAUUUUAUUUUUUCGGUUGAAACAACUAAUGUACGAAAAAAAGUAAAUACGAAGUUCCUUUUGUAUUUCAAUAUGGGCAUGAUUAGUUUAUUAUGCAAUCAAGAACAUAUACACACAUUUCUAAAUCGAUUUGUCUAAUAAGUUUAUUAACAUUGCUAUACAUCGAUUGUAUGCGAUCUAUACAUCAUUAAGAAGUCUCAUUAGAUUUAUAACAUAUUAUAUUAUUGUAGUGCGAUGUAACUUUGUCACCUAGUAAGAUAAAUUGAUUUUGUCAUGCGUACGUAAGUGUUAUCGUCAUUCAAUAAUCUGUUUUUUUUUUUAUAGUAUGUGUUCUCAUGUAUAUUUCCCAGCCUGGAUUUAUUUCAGGAGUGGUCUAAGCAAGGGAGAGUAACUAAAAAAAAUAUAAAAAUAUGUCAUAUUUUAUGAAAAGUAAAAUUUGAAACUCAAUUAGCUGUCCUCAUACUUUUUAGCAAAAGACUAAAAAUUCUUAAUGAAACUGGUCAAACUUCAUUUUAAUAUUUUUCCGAAUCCAGCACCAUGUCUUAGUGUAUGUCGUCAGCCAUAUUAUAUAUUCUUGAGUCGAAAGAUAUAUAAUUUCGCGUCGAUAUUUUGAAAAGUUCGUUCUGUCACUCACUCGAGCUUAGGGUGAGGUUCCCCCUUGCACACCAUAAGUUUGCCGUGAAUGACCUAUAAACCAAUUGGUUUCAAAAGGGACUGCGUAUAAUAAUAAUUCUAUACAUAUAAGUAUUGCGCAUUGCACUUAAGAGGCUUAAAUAAAACAUAACCAGUAUCGAUAAAUAUAAUUGCUAAUCAUUGUCAUCGUGUCAUUUAUAUUUGAAACAAAAUGAAAUAGUAAUAACUCUCAUCGAGAGCCCAUAUCGUAAAAAUACGGAAAAUAAUAUUUUUAAUUUACUUUGAAAGAACCAAAGUUAUUGUUAUCCAUACGAAACCUAUAAAUAAUAGUUUGUUUAGAUCUAAAUUAUAUUGUGCUAUCAAAAAUAAUAGGUUAAUGUUCAAGUAUUACAGUAUACACAUAAAAUAAUUGCGGCUAAAUUCAUUAGUUUAAGCGGCUAUUAUGUAGAGCCUUUGCACAUGGCGAUAUUAAUAAGAUCAGAAUAUUAUGUAUAACUUAGCCAUCGUAGUCGUGUAAAGGCAGCUCAAAAUAUAAUUUUUUAAUGUGAGAUUUUAGUUAUACAAUUAAUUAAUCAUAAUAUUGUUACCAAGAUCAUAAUUUUUUUUUGUAUCUUAACUCGCCAUUUCAGCAGGUAUAAUUCGAAUGUUUUUAUAGAUUCCACGUAAGAGAAUUAAUUAAAAAUUAAAAUAUCUAAUAAUAAAUUAACUCCUACUGUAAAAUACUUCUAUAGUUAACCCACAAAUAAUGACGUAAUAUAAACUCAGACCAAAUUUUUAAAACAAAAACAGUUGCUGUUGUUCUUGUUUAACUAUUAUCUCAUAAAUUGAUAUUUUUAUGUCACAAUAAAAUAUGAUUCCAUUACUUCUACUGUCACAAAUAUGCAUUUAUUUCAAUGAAUAUAUAUUUUUUUAUUUAAAAAUGUAGAUUAACUUAAAAUUUGAAUUGGCUAGGCUUUGUAUCGGUGCCUCAAAAAUACUAUCUAGUAUAAAUCUUAAAUAUAUUAGCAGAAAAAUUACAGAUAAUAUACUACGCUUAGCUUUAUGUUUCUUCGAAAAUGUGAUAUUUUAUAAAUGUCACCAUGUCAUGUAUUUUUAUUGUUUUCGAAACUGUACUCUUAAAGACCUGUUUAAAAGUAGAGAAUUAGAAGAAUUAUUUAAAAUGCCUCGAUCGCAUAUUUAAUAUCAAGUUGCUAGACAAUACUUUUACUAUGAGUAGAAAUUCAAAAGUUAAAUACGGACAAAGUAGAAUGUAUAAUGGUUAUAAUAAUAAUAAUAGUUCUUACUAAAAAUGUAUAAUCCAGUUUGAAAUACUCAUCGUAUUAAGCAAUCUUAUAACAAUAAAUUCAUUAUAAAAAUAUAUUGCCUAAAUAUCGAUACUACAAAAAGCAUAUAUUUAUUAAAACAACUGAGUAAUUUAUGGUAUUCACAGUUUAGGAUUGAUUUAUUUUGAUUGAGACGUUCUUUAAUUACGAUGUUUGUAUAUUUUAUGCAAGAUGUAACUGUAUGUACGUUUCUCGUUUAAACUAUUUUCCUUUAGUUAGUAGAGCUAUCUCCUGGAUUGGGUCGCCCACGUAAAAAGACUUAAUAGCAUAGCGAAAGAAUUGUAGUUACACAACAUAUUUUAUCAAGAAAAAGGUUUUUACAACGCACUUAUGAACUGUUUUUACUUCUAAAAUCAGUAAUCUAAAUCAUAAGUUUCUUGAAAACUUAUCGCUAUGCUUUUAAUGAGUUCUAUAUCCAUAUAUUAAAGUAUACUCUUAUACAAGGCUUGUUGGAAAUGGGUUACCAGUUGGCCACCAUAAAAUUGCUAAGUGCUCCUAAAUGAGGUUGAAAUAACUUAAACUAUUAAUAAUUAAAGUAGUUCUCCACAGGGAAAAAAAUAUAUGUUGGUCUUUCCGCUGUACACGAUUCGUUUUCUCAAGACUAAAAUUACAAAGUAAUAUGUAAAAAUAUUUGAAUUACGUUUAUCUUAGUAAUUUCUAUAAAAUAUUAAAUUUCAAAUUUUUCCUGAUAUUUUCUGUAAGUGUAAGUAAAAAAUACUUUAAUAAAAUCAGAAAUUCAAAAAUUGUAAAUGUAAAAAAAUUGCUAUUUCUCAACUUUGCAUACUGAAAAUCGAUUCCUGUCAUGCCACGAUCCUAAAAAGUAAUAACUACCCGAUUUAGCUAAAGGAUUAUAAUUUCAAAUAACGUAUUUUUCAGUUUUCAUCAAUACUAACCUAAAAAAGACAAGCCUCACUAAUUCAUUAUAAUGGACUUGAAAUUGCAUAAACACGUGUAACAUGUGUACAUUAAUUAUUAUUUAAAUAUUACCUAGGACCGUAAACUUUCUUCUGUUGCGAUUAUAAUCCGUGACCCCAUUACCUUAAAUGAAUAGCUGAUGUUAUGGUUGUCAUUGCGUAUUUUUUAAUAACUUAGUUCAGUUAUGUCCACAGGUCUUAGGAAAAAAUUGGGGAGCAGAAGAUUUUCAUUAUUAUAAUACUGUAAUAGCCCAUCGGCUUAUUAUCCUUUUUUUAAAGCCUUA